AUGGUUGUCCAUCACUGGGAAGAACCUAACAAUUCAAUUAAGAAAUACACCAGUGACAAGGCUUCUCACGGUUGCAGAGAAUUUGCUACCAGCAUGGAUUCAUCGGCUACCUCAGAUGUCGACUCCAUCUUGUCGACUACCCGGCUUAACACCAGCGCACCAUCUUCUCCUCCUCGAGAUGAGUCAGUAGAGCCAAUAGACUCAGAGUUCAAGCGGAUGAUUGAUGAGGAGGCUAAGGCCAGAGCUGCUAAUGAUGCAGCUGAGAAAAAAAGGAAGGCUGGCCUCAUUGCCAAGCGCCGAAAGAAGAAGAAGGUUGAGUUCACGAAGGAAGAGCGUGAAAAGAAGGCUCGUGAGCUGGACGAGCUUUUGGCAAAGUCCGCUGCUUUCAGUGACAUCUUGACUAGAAAGACAGAAGUCCUGGGAAGAGUUGGAUCUAGCUUGGAUGGCGAAACCCUGGGUGCUCAUGACUUGAAGAUGGCCACUCAGCCUAAAAUCAUGACCGGUGGAACUAUGAGAGACUACCAGCUUGAAGGCUUGACAUGGAUGUAUGAAGUUUGCCUCCAGGGUAUGUCUGGUAUUUUGGCAGACGAGAUGGGACUUGGCAAGACGGUUCAGACCAUUUCGCUCAUUGCUCGCCUCAGAGAAGAAGAUUAUUUGGGGCCCCACCUCAUCGUUGCUCCCCUCAGCACUCUUUCCAAUUGGAUGGAUGAGUUUCAGAAAUGGUGCCCUUCGAUUCCAGUUGUUCUUUACCAUGGAGAACCGAAAGACAGGCAACAGAUUAUGGCCGAACACAUAAAGCCUCAUCUGCGUUCAGAUGGCACGCUUACUAAGAAGUUCCCGGUCGUCUGUACUUCGUAUGAGAUGGUUCUUAGAGAGAAGGCCGCCUUGUCAAAGUUCGACUGGGCCUUCAUCAUUAUUGAUGAGGGCCACCGAAUGAAAAACUUCGACUCAAAGCUUUUCCAAGAGCUCGAAAACUUCAAGUCAGCAACCCGUAUGCUUAUUACGGGUACACCACUGCAGAAUAACCUCAAGGAACUCUGGGCUCUGCUCCACUUCUUGCUUCCCGGCAUCUUCAAGGAAUGGGAGGUGUUCGAGUCGUGGUUUGACUUUGAUGACCUACAAGACGAAGAAGGUACGGAGGAGUUCAUCGCCGACCGCAAAAAUCAGGAAAUCAUCAAGAAGAUCCACGUCAUCCUCCAGCCCCUUUUGCUUCGUCGCAUCAAGGCUGAUGUCGCGGCGUACCUGCCAAAGAAGCGCGAGUAUAUCCUCUUCGCACCCAUGACCCGAGAGCAAACCGACAUGUAUAAUGCAAUCAACGACAAGAACGUGGACACGCGCGCUUUUCUGGAGGCCAAAGUCGUUGAGCGUCUGACAGCUGUCAACAAACCGGCGCCUCCUUCCCGUGGUGGAAGAAAAGUACAGAAGAUUAAGGCAGAGGAGAAAGUCAAAUCGAACAAAUUUGACAUGCCCAUUCGAAGCAGCCCUAGAAAGGUGAAGGCGGAGGUUACUCCUGAGACCGAGCCCAAGAAACCUAAUGCCUUCUCUGCUAUGAUGAGCAGGGCUAGAAGCACCUCCACCAGAGCCAAAGCUGCCGUUAAGGAGACGCCAGCCAAGACAGCUUCUCGCUCAAGCUCGAAGCGCAAGGAUCCACCUACCACGGAGACACCUCAACCGAAGAGUGCAAAGUCCUCUCGCCAGUCUAGCCCCUCAGUGAGCAGUCGCGGCCGCGUGACUCGAGGUCGUCGCCGCUAUGCCGAAACCGACCCAGACGAUGAAGAUAAACUUUCAGAUGAUGAGUUCGAAGCAAGGUUGGCAGAGGAAGUCCUGGAUGAUGAGAAGGAUCAGGAUGUCACUACUCUAUCCCCCGAGGAGCAAUAUCGGAAGAACAUCGUCGACCAUGCGAAGAAGGAACUUUCUGGAAAGAAGCUUGGAAACCCCAUCAUGCAACUUCGCCUGGUUUGCAAUAGCCCACACAAUUUCUUUGACCCAUGGAGCUAUGAGGGUGCUCCCCCCGUUGAUGAAAGUAUCGUCACGUCGUCUGGAAAGAUGCUGCUUCUUGACCGUCUUCUCCCCUCCCUUUUUGAGAGGGAUCACAAGGUUUUGAUUUUCUCACAGUUCAAGACGCAACUUGAUAUCCUUCACGACUACUGCGCGCUUCGCAAAUGGAAAGCAUGCCGCCUCGAUGGCUCAGUCUCACAGGAGAGUCGCCGUGACCAGAUCAAAGAGUUCAACGAAAAUCCCGACUUUAGGAUCUUCCUGCUUUCUACCCGAGCUGGCGGUCAGGGCAUCAACCUUGCAAGCGCUGACACUGUCAUUCUGUUUGAUAGUGAUUGGAACCCACAACAAGAUCUCCAAGCCCAAGAUCGCUGUCAUCGCAUUGGCCAAACCCGGCCUGUCAUCGUCUACCGCCUCGCCACUAAGGGCACUGUUGAGGAAGAGCUUCUGUUGAGUGCCGACGCUAAGCGGCGCUUGGAGAAGCUCGUCAUCAAGAAGGGAAAUUUCAAAACAAUGGGCCAAAAGAUGGACUUGAAGGAGGAUCUCGACAAAGAGACCCUCAAGAGCCUGCUCCUCAAGGAUGGUCAAGUUUUCCAAUACUCUGGAAGCCAUGAGAUCCUGAGCGACAAGGAUUUGGAUGUUCUUUGUGACAGGAGUGACACUGCUUAUGACAGAGCUGCUGAGGGAUCUGGCAAUGCCGACGGAUACAAGGUCAUCGAGACUGGUUCUGAUGGUAUUACCAUUGCAGGACAAACGAGCUCGUAA